GAAAGCAGAAGGAAGAAGAAAAAAGAAAGCAGAAAGAAAAAAAAUUAGCGAAAGCAGAAGAAUAGCAGAACGGUGUAACCACGAAGUUGAGGAUUCUAUUUUCCUAAAGCAUUAGCCGAUUAAUAGCCAUCUGACGGGGAACAUUUCGGCCUCUCCUCCAAAUUAAACUCCUGACAUUGGAGCUGUGAUCGCGCGUCCCGCAAAACCCCACCAACUUAAGCUUCUUCAUGAUGUCGUCGGAUCAACAGUUCUUUCUAAAAUGGAACGAUUUUCAGACGAAUAUGGUGACCUCGUUCCGUCACUUGCGUGAUGAGAAGAGCUUCACAGAUGUAACACUCGCUUGCGAGGGCCAGACCUGCAAAGCACACAAAAUGGUGCUUUCCGCUUGCAGUCCCUACUUUAAGGCGCUUUUAGAGGAGAACCCUUCAAAGCAUCCCAUUAUUAUACUUAAAGAUGUCUCCUACAUACACCUACAGGCUAUACUGGAGUUCAUGUAUGCCGGAGAGGUGAAUGUGUCCCAAGAGCAGCUGCCAGCAUUUCUUAAGACCGCCGAUCGCCUCAAAGUGAAAGGCCUGGCAGAGACACCCAGUUCAAUAAAGCGGGAGGGUUGAUGGUAUUAAACAAUUAAAAAAAAAAAACACAAAAUAACAAAAAGAAAAUUCUAAGAAACCUAAAUAUAUAAUAUGCAAGAAAACAAAAUUCCAACAAGAGAAGAGAGAAACAACUUUACGAAAACGACAUUUGGUAUACAAAAAUCAUUUAAAUCUACAAAAUAAACAACAAAAGAAACCCACACAAAGCUGACAGAUACAAACGUUUAGUCUGUAAAGUAAUAUUGGUAGUAAUCAGACUAGAAUAAUAUGGUUCCACCUGCCCAACCCCACUUAUCCAUGCCGGAUCUACCUAACAACUUGCAAAGCUCUAUCGAUGUCCCAUUUGAACUGUGUGUUUGUUUAAUUUCUGCAUAAAAUAGUUUGUAAAAUAUUAUAUUUAAAACAACCAGAAAACAAAACAAAAGCCCCCCCCUCCCACUCUGUAUAAAAGGAAAGAUAUGGACAACCCCUAACAAAGCAAAACAAAAAACGCACUUUUGUAAAGUAAUUAAACAGGAGAAUUCAUUCAUUGAAACUAUAUAAAGCUAAUUAUAAAUAUAGUGAGAAAUGUGCAAGUAGAAUGAUAGAAUGCCGCAAAGGGCGCGAAUAUUACGACACAUUCGGUUAGUUUUUAAGCCACUUAAGUCACUUAACUACAACCCAAGCCCUUCAGAUGAUGCCACGCCCCUAGACACAAAACUCACCCACACCCGCACACACACACACACCGACAGAGAUACAACAAACAACUUCAUCCUUCAUCUAUACUUAAUGAAUAAAAGCAAAAAAAAUGCAAAAUUGAA